UAGAGGUAAUCAUCAGUUGUUCAAAUGUAUUUAAAACUUAAUUAUUCAUUAAACAAACAUUGGCAUCAUGAAUGAUCAACAUUCAUCUAUGGAUAAAUUAUUACGUUGUCAGCAAGAUCUGCAUUCAGAAGAAGAAUGGCUCAAGACAAUGAUUGCCAAGCUAAAUAAACAAGCUCAUGCUUUACAAGUAGAACAAUUUCAUAUAUUGAAUGAAAUAAACAAGAAAUCAGGAGCCAACAUAUCUGAUGAAACUAAUAUCAAAGAUACCGAUUUGAAAAGCGAAACAGUAGAAACUAAAGACCUUGAUCUUACCGUGCGAAAUUAUCAAGAUUUCGAAGAGGACGAGGACGAUGACAUGGAAGAAUAG